AUGGAGGUGUGGGAAGCCCUGGCCAAAAUGCAGCCAGACCUCAUCUGUCGCAUCUGCCUGGACUACAUCAAUGACCCUGUCACCAUCGACUGCGGCCACAGCUUCUGCGACUCCUGCAUCCACAUGUCAUCGAAGGAACUGCAGGACACAUUCCCUUGUCCCGUGUGCCCGCAGUCCCGCCAGGAGAUGCGCGUCAGUGCCAACGCCCAGCUGGGCAGGCUGGUGGACCUGGCCAAGCUCCUGCACAGCUCCAGGAGCAGCGAGAUGGCAGUGGCAGAGGAGGGCAGGUGUGAGGAGCACAGGCAGGGAGUGAGCCUCUUCUGCGAGGAUGACCAGGAGCUGGUGUGUCCCCAGUGCGCCCAGGGCCCUACCCACCAGGGCCACCAGGUCAGGUCCAUAGGCGAGGCAGCGGCUCAUCACAGACAGAGGCUUGGUGACUGCAUCAAGUCCCUGAAGAAGCAGCUGGUAGAGCUGCAGAAGCUAGAAGUCGCCCAAGACAGAAACAUCCUGCAGCUGAGAGAGGACAUGGGAAAGCACAGGAAUCAGCUGGCCUUGGAAUUUGAGCAGCUCACCCAGUUUGUGGAGCGUGAGCACGAGGCUGCGCUCUGCAGGCUGACAGAAGAGGACAAACGCCUGCAGCAGCAGCUCAGGGCCAACCUGGAGGCCUACUCGGACCACAUCUCGGAGCUGAAGGACCUCAGACGGGAGGUGGCAGAGCGGAGCGUGAUGUCUGAGGAGAUGGUGCUGAGGGGCGUGAGGGGCCUGCAGCAGUGCUGUGCGGGCCUGCAGCCCCCGGCCGUGCAGCCCCUGUGCUUCUGGCCCGUGGCCUACAGCCUUCCUCCUCUGCACUCGCUGCUCAACAGCAUCAUCCGGAGAUUCCGAGAGCGCAUCAGCCUGGACCCCGACACGGCCCACCCCAGCCUGCGCGUGUCCCAGGACCUCCAGUCGGUGACCUGCGUGAGGGAGAGGUCCAAAGGGGAUGGCGACCCCUGGCCCUGGGAUGACACCGCCCAGCUGGUGGUCCUGGGCCGGGAGGGCUUCGCCUCUGGCUGCCACUACUGGGAGGUGCAGGUGGGUGCCAAGCCCGAGUGGGCCGUGGGCGUGUGCAGCGUGGUCCCUUCUGCGCAGACCUCGCGGCCUCUGGCGGCUCCCAAGAGAUGCUGGACGCUGCAGCUGCAGGACGGCGACUACCUGGCCAUGAGUGCGGGGCUGUGCCUCUGGCUCUCAGGGACCAGCCCACGGCUAUCGGCGUUUACCUGGACUGGGAGCUGGGCCAGCUUUCCUUCUACAACUUCGCCGACGGGUCUCACCUGCACUCGUUCACCGAGCCCUUUGCUCAAGAGCUCAAGCCCUACUUCUGCUUGGGGCCCGACUCCGCCCCUCUCUCUGUGGGCGCUGGUGGGGCUGAGGAUGGGUGAGCAUAUCCUGGGCUUCCCCCAUGCAUCAUGUAGUCAGCUUGUGUUCUUGUAA